GUGUGAUAAAAAAGCCCAGCUGAAGCUCCUUGUAUAGGCUCAAUCCCAAACCCAACUGAAUCAAGCCCUCUCCAGAAAAGAUCCAACCCAAUCAAGUCCUGUCUCACAAAUUAGUAGAUCUGGUUUACCAAACCGGAUGCUUACCUCGCUUCUUCCCAGUUGCGAGUGCGAGCCGCUCUUGAUCCUUGUACAGAAAAUUUUGUGAUUCUCAAUUUGCAACAAUGAUCUCUCGUAGCUUAAUCUCGACGCUCCCAAAGCGCUGCAAUUCCUAUUCGUUUGCUCUGUCUCCCACUUUUUUCAUCUCUCGUGAACCCCUAAAACCUAAACCCAUUCCCUUGUCCGAUCUCGCUUUCUCACGCCAAAACCCCUUAAACCCGAAUUCCAGUUUCACAACUUUCACUUCAGUCCAAUCCAAUCGGUUUCGCUCAUUCACAAUCCAAGAUAUAGUUGAUCAGAAAUCCAUAAACGCGCAUCUUGAUUUGAUAAGAUCAUACACCAGUUUGAGUAGGAACAGGAAGAGUCCUUGCUCUAAAUGGAUAUCGGAGCAAAGACCCAGAUAUCUUUCAACUUCCAGCACAAAAGUUGACACUGAGAAGCCACAGAGCCCAAGCGAAUACCCGAGUCAAAACCCUGAUUUCAAGCACCAAGAAAUCGAGGGACCAACCGUAGAACGUGACUUAUCAGCACUGGCGAAUGAGACAAGAGAGGUUCUUGAAGGAAUGAUGAAGAACAUAUAUGGACUUAGCAGGGCAGUGGCUGUUCUGGGACUGGUCCACCUUGGUCUUGGAGCUUGGAUAUCGUAUAUUAAUGGAUCAAACCCAAUAAGUGAGGUUUCAAUUCAAAGUUUUCUCGCAUUUGGGUUCCCUUUUACACUGGCGUUUAUGUUGCGGCAGUCACUGAAGCCUAUGUACUUCUUCAAGAAGAUGGAGGAGCAAGGUAGGCUACAGAUUCUUACUCUAACCCUUCAGGUUGCAAAAAAUUUGAAUAUAUUCUUUGUUCGGGUCCGCGGGGUUUCUUUCUUAUGUAUUGCAGGGGUGUCGAUUGGGUUGCUGUUCACCAUGUUCUCUAAGUGACUUUUUAUGUUUUGAUAUUUGAGUUUCAUGGAUUGAGUUUUGGGGCAAUGCUGCAUACUCCAUCUUGGAUGUAUACAAUACCUAAUAGCACUCUAUAUUUAACUUUUAGGAAUGAAAUUUUUACAAGUUUUCCUUUUCAUUGCUAUGUCAUUACACUUGUGGAGAUGUUCUGCAGUAGGAAAGAUUUAAUCAUCGUUUUUGGCAA